CGCCAAUGUAGCCUAGCCUAUAGCCUACUAAACCUUUCAAUCAUUACCUUCCUUAUCGCGUGUCACUCGUCGCUUCCUCGUACCCGACCCUUCCUUCCUGGUACUGGCCUGGACUCGCUGAGUGCCACUAACGGUGGGCAUGGCCAACUUUUCCUGUGUGGAGGAACAGUACAUGUACAGCCCAAGAUGAGGGUGAUCAUUUGCUGCAGUGCUAUACUGCUUCUCGUCCUCAUUCCCAGGUUCUGUCAGGGUGGCAACAUCUUGGUCUUUCCCACCGAAGGCAGCCACUGGAUAAACAUGGAUAUUCUACUUCAAGCUUUGCACUCAAAAGGACACAAUGUUACUAUCGUGCGUUCUAGCAAAAGCUGGUACAUUAAGGAGAAAUCGCCUUAUUACAAUUCCUAUACAGUCCAAGUGGAGAGAAGCUUGGAUCAAAAGUUCAUUACAGAAUUCAUAUCUAAGGCCAUAGCAUUUGAAAGAGGGGCUCUUCCCUUGACAAGUUUUCUCCAGAUGACUUUAGGAAUGAUUGGCACAAUUAUUGAUGCUCACGCAGUUGUGGGUGAAUAUGUAUCUGCAAUGCUAGAUGACAAAGACUUGAUGAAAAACAUGAAGGACAGCAGGUUUGACGUGGUACUCACCGACCCCUGCUGGGGCGGUGGAAUCAUUUUGGCCAAAUAUUUGAACCUUCCUUUGGUUUAUAAUGUUAGGUGGGUAAUAGCUGGAGAGGGUCAUCUUGACAUUGCUCCUUCACCUUUAUCAUAUAUUCCUAUAACGGGAUCUGGAAGCACUGAUAAGAUGACCUUUUUUCAGAGAGUUAAAAACAUUGGUUUGCAUCUAAUUAACCUGGCACAAAAUCAGCUGGUGACAAAGGUUGUAUACCAGAAAAUGUGUGACAAAUAUCUUGGGCCCCAUAAUGACUUUAACCAGUUAGUGCUUGAUGCAGACAUUUGGCUCAUGAGAAUGGACUUUGUCUUUGAGUUCCCUCGACCCACCAUGCCUAAUGUUGUCUAUAUGGGAGGGUUCCAAUGCAAACCAGCAAAACCUCUUCCUGAACACCUGGAGGAGUUUGUACAGAGUUCUGGGGAUUAUGGGGUCAUCCUCAUGUCUCUGGGGACUUUUGUGAGUGAACUUCCUGCUGAUAUGGCAAACGUGAUCGCUGCAGCUUUUGCUAAAUUACCCCAGAAAGUCAUAUGGAGAUAUAAAGGUGACAGACCAGCCACUCUGGGCAACAACACUUUACUAGUCGACUGGAUGCCACAGAAUGAUCUUUUAGGACAUCCCAAGAUAAAACUAUUUGUAGCUCAUGGAGGAACAAACGGCGUUCAAGAAUCAAUGUAUCACGGAGUCCCAGUUGUGGGUCUACCCUUGUUUUUCGACCAAUAUGACAACUUGCUGCGCCUAAAAGAGAGAGGGGCGGCUACACUUCUUACCCUUAAUACAGUGGAUAAAGACAACAACUUCCUGGAGGCCAUACAGGAAGUCCUGAAUGAGCCCUCCUACAGGAUGAACAUGCAGAGACUCUCCAGGCUGCACAGAGAUCAGCCAAUGAAGCCACUGGAGAAGGCCCUCUUCUGGAUAGAGUUUGUCAUGAGACACAAAGGUGCAGCUCACCUGAAAGCAGAGUCCUACAGGAUGCCCUGGUACUCCUACCACUCUGUAGAUGUUGUUUUGUUCCUGGCUGGAGCUGUGCUACUAAUACUAUCUACUAUUUUCCUUUUCAUCUGGUGUUUGUACACUACAAUGUGUAAACACAAAGUGAAACGUGACUAAUCACUUAAGGGAUAUACAUUUUUAAAAACAAAGUUAUCAAUAUAAAAAUUGAUUUGGGGAUUCAUUUAACAGAUUAUUAUGAGAUUUGUUUGACUGGCCAAUUUAAAUUGCAUGUUGGUUGUUAAUAGGCAACAGCAUUAUUUUGCAUGUUUUUUUAUUUAGUUUGAUUAUAUUCAUAUAAGUUUUUGUAUUAAAUAAAUAGAUGAUGUGACUAUUUUCAUAACCAACACUGAAGU